ACAGGGCUGCCCCAAGGCUUUCCUGAGCCCGCCAGGCUGGAGGGCUACGUGGGACGAGCUCCGGACCAGGUGCAGCUGGGGACGCUGGUGGAUCCACUUUAGAGUCCAGGUAGCAAGCCCCGCAGAACCGCCGCGGUCCUUCCAGAAAUCUCUGCAUCGGUGCUGCCAGCACCGGCAGCGUUCGGCUCAGAGAGUCCCACGCUGGGCAGGACCAGAGGCUCCGUAAACCCCUCCGUGGCUCCAGGUGGAGCAGGUGGCGAGCAGCCACGGAACCCCGGCAGGCGCGGGCCGGUGGGCAUCCUCCUCUGCGCACACCCCACGCGAUUUCAAGGGGGCUGAGUGGCCACGGAUCUUCGCGGCCGGCCGUGCGGUGUGCCCCGCUCAGGCCGGGUGCGUUCAACGUCACACAGGCGCUGCUCCGCUGGGGUCACCGGACGCCUUUUCUGCUUUCCGGGAUCCACAGGCUGAGCGAGCGAGCCAAAGCCAUCUGCACUCCCCGCUCCUAUAAAUAGCACUCGGGUGCCCUCUCGGCGCUGUCCCUCCCGCCUGCGCUGCGCGCCAAGACACAAAGUUGUACGCAGGGACACCGGAACCCAGGGCAGUAGGCGCCCUGCACCUUAGAACGGAUUCCGAAAUUUGAGCCGCCUACCUGCGUCGGAGUGACACGGGGCUUUUGGGGGGAAUUUUUGACCAAGCGCAAGUGGGAGUCGCUAGCAUUCUGUCCAUGAACACAACCUGGUGUUCUUCGCAUCCCCGGAAACACCUCCUGCCUCUGUAAUUUGUUCCUGCGCCAGCCAGAGUCCCUCGGACAGGACCGACACCCACACCGCUUGGCACCCGCCACCUUGGCGUUUUCUCGCUGAGUCCUGUCUUCAGCUCUGUGCUUCACCCGGGAGUACUUGGGUUUAGGGUGAGAAUUUAUUUUGUUCCUUUGAGGUGUGAUCGAGAGGGUCUGGAGACUUUUUAGAUGUCAAGGGACAAGUGUGGCUGCAGGAGCCCCAGGCAAAACUGAUUUUGGGGCGGAGGAGGUUAGGGUAGGGAGUUCUGCAUGAACUGCUUAAAGGACAAAGGUAACAGAACCAGCCAGACAGCUCGAAGGGAGACUUCAACCCAGAGAAUUGGUGGAAGUGCGCGCGCCGCCGCCGCUACCGCCGCCGCCGCCUUUCCUGCAGCGCUGUCGAUUUAACCACUGGCAUCUUCCCGAGCUCCGGGAUUCCGGGGUAGCAGGCAGCGCCCGGGAGCAGAAGAGCCAAGCUGCGGCUUGCGCACCCCGCUCACCAUGGGCUCUGCGCGCCGGGCGCUGUCCGUGGUACCGGCUGUUCUGCUGGUUCUCGCACUGCCUGGGCUGCCUGUCUGGGCACAAAAUGACACCGAACCGAUCGUGCUGGAGGGCAAGUGUCUGGUGGUGUGCGACUCCAACCCAGCCACAGACUCCAAGGGAUCAUCUUCUUCCCCGUUGGGGAUAUCGGUCCGGGCAGCAAACUCCAAGGUGGCCUUUUCGGCGGUUCGGAGCACCAACCAUGAACCAUCCGAGAUGAGCAACAAGACACGCAUCAUUUACUUUGACCAGAUCCUGGUUAAUGUGGGCAAUUUUUUCACAUUGGAGUCUGUCUUUGUGGCACCAAGGAAAGGAAUCUAUAGUUUCAGUUUUCAUGUAAUUAAAGUCUACCAGAGCCAAACAAUCCAGGUGAACUUAAUGUUAAAUGGGAAACCGGUCAUAUCUGCAUUUGCUGGGGAUAAAGAUGUGACCCGAGAAGCCGCCACUAAUGGAGUGCUAUUGUACCUGGACAAAGAAGAUAAGGUUUACCUAAAACUAGAGAAAGGUAACUUGCUUGGCGGCUGGCAGUAUUCCACGUUUUCUGGCUUUCUGGUGUUCCCUCUAUAGAACUCAGCUUCUCCGUGAUGCCCAUGAGUGAGAGCUACCAGCCCUGGGUUCUCGGAAGACCACUUUUCACCCUUGGAUUCAUGUCUCUUAUUGUUCUGUUCGUGAGUGACUAUGGAUUCUCUUUAAGAACUCUAGACCUGUCUGGACAAAUGCAAAGUGUCACAGAUUAUUUUCAUGUGCGUACCAGUUUCCAUACGUGUGAAUCAGGACUCCAAAGCUGGAAAUCCCUAAAUCUGCUUACAAGUUAACAGUCAGAAGCUGUCUCAAGGUUCGUCCCAUUUAGUUUCCUGCUGUUACUGCAUUGUGGUUUUCAUUUCUUUGUUUUUGAAAGACCAGCAAGUAGGUCUGAAAGUUAGAAAACUUGGAAGUUCUGACUCCAGUGGUGAUUAUGGGACUGCCAAAGACUCGUAUAUUGUGUGGAUACAAUGAUUACACUUGUUUUCUUUUUAUUAUAAUUACUUUGGAAUUGGUUUAUUUUGUUCUCUUACGGUAAAUGGGAUUGUAUUUUAGUGACUGGCAUAGUGUUUUCUCUACCCAUAAGGUAACGAAUGGCUUGCCUCAAAAUGUACCUUAACUCUGAGCUCACCUACAUGACCUCCCUCCUGCUCCCUAAAAUGAAUGCUCCAUAGUUGUAUUUUAAUUAUAUAUGUGAAAGAGUCAUAUUUUCCAAAUUAUAUUUUCUAAUAGGAAAAAUAGAUCAUAAUCUGACAAAGAAAAAGUUACUUACCCCAGUUCUAAGCGCUCAGUCCCCAAAUCUUGGCAAAAUAGCUCUCCUUGGUGGAAAAUCUUAUACUUUAUUGCUCAACUUUAAUUAACGUGAUUGAUAAUAACCACUUUAUUAAAACCAUAGGGGAUUAUUUUCCCCUUCAACAUGACCACUUUAUUAACUGGAGAUGGUAUGCCCUUGUUUUUAAUUAUAUCUAUUUUUCAAAUCUCCUGUUGUGUUUGAAAUAUCAUCUGGUUUUGCCUUAAUUCCUUGACUUGUAUAUAUAUAUUUAUCUGUUCAGCUAAUAUUAAAUCCAGAUACUCCAUAACAAAAUUUAGUGCAAUAUCUUAUUUUGUCUUUUGUAUAGGUCAUAUGAAUUCAUAAAAUUAUUUAUGUCUUUGUUGCAGAAUAAAGAUUAUUAUAUGUUA